AUGAACAUGGUGGACGUAGAAGACGACAGCUUUCACAUCACACGCGAAGGGUACUCCCAUCUGAGUGACUCAGAAUGGGAGGUAGUCGGCCGCAUGAGUGUGCUCAUGGGCGAACUCGCCAUCAGUGGCAUGUUAGAGUCUCUGAGCAAAGAUUAG